UCAGGAGGACACAGCAUGGACGGCGUUUCAAAACACUGAACUGGACAGUUAUAAUAGCUAAUGGAAUCCGCAGCAUUCAUCCACAUUGCAGUUUUGCAUUCAAACACCACAACGUCCAAACAAUUGGGUCGACUCGAAAUGCACCUGUAUUUUGUUGUUCAGGCUACUGUCUUUUUAAUGACUGCCCUGUCGAAGUUCAGGUGAAAAUCGAAGAUGAGUCAUCACUCAAGGCGGUUGUGACCUUCAGUGGAGACAGAGUGUGGCACCACAGCGAAGAACUGCAAAGACGUCCGGUGCGUGCAGAUGAAAGGGAUGCCAUAGCGGAUAUCCUCACCACCAAACUGCCAAGAACAUUGUACUUACAAAAUUUGGAUAAGCUGGAAGACAGUGUUGUGGAAUCUGGAUGUCGGGAUCAGGUUCCUACAACCGGUGUCAUGAAAACGCUCUCAUGUAGUAGUCGAAAAAAAAACAGAAGACACAAAAAUGAAAUGAUUAGUUUAGAAAUUAUGCGGGAGGAAGAGCAAGAUUCAGAGGAUGCAGUUAUACAAAAAAUAAUAUUGCAACCCAAAAGCAUUAUGCUGUGGUCUGACAAGACUCUGAACUUGUUUUAUGAGCGGUGCAAAGAUGACAUUGUGUAUUUGGAUGCGACGGGCAGUAUUGUUCGCAAGGGAAAGGGGCAAACUGCACCGUUCUAUGUAUAUGAAAUGGUGGUGAGACAUCCAUCAAAAGGAUCCUCCCCUGUUCCUGUGGCCACAUACCUUACAAAUGACCACACCACAACAUCUGUUUCAUAUUUCCUGGGGUCAUUUGUGACGGACUUAAGAAGACUCCACGGGAGAAAAGUUAAUAAAAGGCCGGCAAUGUUGAUAUGCGAUGGCUCCAUAGUCCUCCUGCAGUCACUCUCAUAUAACUUCUGUGGAUUGAGCCUUCAGGAACUGCUGUGCAAGUAUUAUGACAUUGUGACUGGACAAGGACAAGAGGACUCCAUAGGGCUUCCGAUUUUGCAUCGAUGCUUGAGUCAUGUCAUGAAAAAUGCCAAGGACCUAUGCCGAAAACAUGCCUCCCAACAUUACCACCUGGCAAUGCAUGUGUUUGGGCUCAUGACACGGGCCACAACAUUAAAAGCCAUGGAUGAGGUUGUCAUCAGUGCUGCAAUGGUUUUUUCCAGUUCCCACAGCGGGAAGAAUGUUGAAAAACACUUCCAAAAUCUCCAGAGGUUGUUGUUGAAAGCAGGACAUAGUGGCAUUGAUGACACAAACAUUGUGGAGCAAGACUUUGUGAAUGAUGUGGGACCAACACCAUUCCAACAUCAUUUUGAGGAAGUCAUUCAGAGGGCAGAGCUUGAGAAGGAUGGGGAUACAAAUGUCUAUUUCAGCCCAACAUUCAUCCCAACAUUGCUGAAAUACUUCCUUCCUCAGGCUGCUCUUUGGUCUGGCUUACUCCUGGGUGACCUUGGACGCCACGGAACGGGUCCUGUGUAUGACAGGCUUACUAAGAGGUUCAAAAGAACUGCCCGUAAACCCACACAGAAUUACACCAAAGACAACAAAACACAAGGGAUAAUGGAGAAAAGCCAGUGGGACCUCAAAAAGAUCCGUUUUCAACGGAGACGGCUUACCAGACUGGACGAUUUUGUAUAUACCUACAAGAUCACACUGAAUGCCCUUCUAAGGGAAUACAGUGACUCCAUGAAGAGGAAGAAGAAGACACACCGUGUGGAUUUGGAGCGGUGGAAACAAAGGCAUCAGAAGAGGCGAGGAGUUUAUGUGAGCCCUUUAACAAAGCCUUUUGUUUUCAAACGGCAGAAGAAAAAGACCACACAGAAAAACAGUACUGGCGUGUCAACAAGCGAUAAGUCCCAUGCUCCAUCACAGAAACCAACAGACAAGGUCACUUCCCAAGCCCAAACAGACAUGACAGGCCAUCAUGAGGAGGAUACAAAGGGAAGUCAAGUCAUUCAAAGUCCAGUGGAUGCUCCAUCUCAGGUGAACUUAGUGUUCAAGUCUCAAGGAAUUGUGGAAAAGAAGUGA